GCCAUUUUACUUAUGGAAAACAGUGUGGCAUAUUCCGCUGAGCUUUACCCUGGAAGAAGCAUUUUUUAAAAAAUCUAUUGAGGGAAGAGAGAAGUAGUGGGCAUGUUAGUAUACAAUUAGUACAGCCAAGCAUGCCUGCCAGCUGCCAUUUGGACGAGCUGUCGACUGCCUUUCCUAGUAGCUGAUUUGAGAACGUGGAAUGCAGAGAGAUAAUGCUGCAUAUCUGCUAUCAGACAGCAGAAAAGGUUUUUGUCUUGGGAAGGCUCGCCUUCCCGGCAAUGUUAUCUCAGCAGCUCUCUAGCUGCUUACCCUGAAAACUAGUGACCCCAAAGGAGGUGUUUUCGUCUGCAAACACAGGUCCUGUGCGUGGCUGUAGCAUAUGAGUGGCAGGUCUGAAAAAGCAGGUGUGUGCUCGGAUGGGCACUGGACUGUAACGCAGGCGGACGCUCUCGGGUUUACCUGCUUCCUGUUAACAGAUUGUUGGCUCAGAGAGCAUCUGUCUGCAUGCUGAAGCUGAGGCUGAGAAGGAGGUCCCUGUGUAGCCACUUGACUGACAGAGUUUUCUUUGUGGACGCUAUGGAAACAUUUAUUUACAAGACUACACCAAGUGUCUUUAUUCCCAAAGACCAGAAACAACGCAACAAUAGAGCCCAAUGCUAGUUCCUCUCAGAACAAAGUUAACAAAACCACUGAAGCAGCGACUGGAGAUAAGUAGUAGGAAAUAAGACCUCGAACCUCCUGCCUCCUGAAGUGUGUGAAACUAGAGCCACGUUUCAUCAGCCUAGAAAUUAGCAAGGACCAUUCAUAAACCUUUUAAUCACUGUACGGAUAUUGCUUAUCGUGGAAACAGAAAUGGCAAACACAGCCCUUGAGGCACUGCUCACUUUGAUUUGGAAACAGUACACUUGGGUUGGACUUAAUCUUAAACCUCUGGAGUUCAAGACCUUUUAAAAAGGGCUAAAUAAACAAUCUCCACGUGUAAAAGGCCAAUGACUCCUACCUCUCUUCAGAGCAACUGUUGAACCCGGCUGCCUGUAGGAAAACUGAAGACUUUAAUAACAAACCCUCCAAGGUCAAAAUGAACACAGAUAGCGGUGGGUGUGCUCGCAAACGUGCUGCCAUGUCUGUUACAUUAACAUCUGUGAAGAGAGUUCAAAGUUCUCCAAACCUAUUGGCUGCAGGGCGUGAUUCUCAGUCACCGGACUCAGCUUGGAGAUGUUACAAUGAUCGAAAUCAAGAGACACUGAAUGGAGAUGCUACAUAUUCCUCUCUUGCAGCAAAAGGUUUUAGAAGCGUUCGACCAAAUCUACAAGAAAAAAAAUCACCAGCUCAGGCACCCCUUCUACCACCCAGAAAAGAGAGCUUUUGUAGCUCCUUGAUAACCAGUCACACAAAGGGUGACAUUUUAGACCAAUUAGUAACUAACACACAAAUUCCCUCCUGUACAGAGUUCUUUACUAACAAAACACCUCUUCAGGGAACUAUGUAUUCUAAUGAUGAGUCCAGCCAGACAAUUGUAUAUUCUGAAGAAUCUAACACAACUGUGUCAUAUACACAAAAAGUCACUAAUCCACUACCACCACCUUCCAGCACAGGUUCCCCACCAAAAGCUGACAUGAGUACCCCAUUUCUACAAGAGGACUACACGCAAGAUUCUCAGACUCGGAGAAUCUCUACAUUGAAACUAAUCCAUAACCAGGAUCCAGGAAGUAGCAUCCCCUUUAAUCCUCCACAGUUUUCCAAAUCUGUUGAAGUACCAUCAUUUUGUAAAAGGCCUUGCUCACCACCCCCUAACCCAGUGCCUGAGAUACACACAGCAUCUCUUUCCAUUCAGAUAGCUCCCCUUUCAGGACAUGAUCCUGAAGGCCACAAACAGCCAUCUGAGCUUUCUCCAGAGACUGCAAAGAUACCUCUUCAGCCAGAGAGACAAAAACCUGCAGUUGCUGCGGCCUCUCAGUCCUCAGACUGCCAAGUGAGCCAGAUAACGCUGAAUGGAAACUCUGGAGGCACUGUGAGUCCACUGAGUUACUAUCAAAGGCCGUUUUCCCCUUCUGCCUACUCGCUACCAGGCUCACUCAAUUCAAGCAUUAUCAUGCAGCAUGGCCGGUCACUUGAUUCCUCAGAGACAUACCCCCAGCAUGCACAGUCUCUGGACGGCAGCAUGGGCAGCUCGAUACCACUGUACAGAUCCUCAGAGGAGGAGAAGAGAGUGACAGUCAUCAAAGCGCCGCACUACCCGGGGAUCGGGCCGGUGGAUGAAUCCGGAAUCCCCACGGCAAUUAGAACGACAGUUGACAGGCCAAAGGACUGGUACAAGACCAUGUUUAAGCAAAUCCACAUGGUGCACAAGCCGGAUGAUGACACAGACAUGUAUAAUACUCCUUAUACAUAUAAUGCAGGCCUGUACAAUUCACCCUACAGUGCUCAGUCACAUCCUGCUGCCAAGACCCAGACCUACAGACCCCUCUCCAAAAGCCACUCCGACAACGGCACUGACGCCUUUAAGGAUGCUUCCUCUCCUGUCCCUCCCCCGCACAUUCCUCCUCCAGUCCCACCACUUCGACCAAGAGAUCGGUCUUCAACAGAGAAGCAUGACUGGGACCCUCCAGACAGAAAAGUGGACACAAGGAAAUUUCGUUCUGAGCCAAGGAGUAUUUUUGAAUAUGAACCUGGGAAGUCAUCCAUUCUGCAGCAUGAAAGACCACCCCCUCUCCCAACCACUCCGACACCUGUUCCAAGGGACCCUGGCCGGAAGCCUAUUUCUCUGUCACCAUAUGGAGAAGUAACUGGUAGCCCCUCCCCUCCGCCCAGGACCAGCAUUCCCACACCAAGCGCGUGCACCCCGGCUCUCUCUCCCAUCUGGACUGAUCGCAUAAAUCCAGAUGACAUAGAUUUAGAAAAUGAGCCCUGGUAUAAAUUCUUUUCAGAACUGGAGUUUGGACGCCCGCCUCCUAAAAAGGCUCUGGACUAUGUUCAAGAUCAUUCUUCUGGUGUUUCCAAUGAGGCCUCCUUGUAUCAAUCCUCUAUAGACAGGAGCCUGGAAAGACCCACUAGUUCUGCAAGCAUGGCCAGUGACUUCAGGAAAAGGAGGAAGAGCGAGCCUGCGGUGGGGCAGCCGAGGGGCUUGGGUGAUCCAACUGCAAGCAGAACUAGCCCAGGUCGAGCAGACCUCCCAGGAUCAAGCUCCACCCUGACAAAGUCCUUCAUUAGUUCUUCUCCUUCUUCCCCAUCAAGAGCAAAAGGUGGGGACGAUAGCAAAAUAUGUCCAUCCCUUUGCAGUUACUCAGGGCUCAACGGCAACCCCUCCCAUGAGUUAGAUUACUGUAACACUUACAGACAGCAUUUGGACAUCCCACAUGACUCGCAGAGGGCCAUUACUUUCAAAAAUGGCUGGCAAAUGGCCCGGCAAAACGCAGAGAUCUGGAGCAGCACUGAAGAAACGGUUUCCCCCAAAAUCAAAUCCCGUAGCUGUGAUGACCUUUUAAACGAUGACUGCGAUAGUUUUCCUGAUCCGAAAGCCAAGUCAGAAAGUAUGGGUUCUCUGUUAUGUGAAGAGGACUCCAAGGAGAGCUGCCCCGUAACAUGGGCUUCCCCCUACAUCCAGGAGGGCCGCAGUAAUAGCAGAUCAAGGCUCCGACACAGGUCAGCCCAUGAUGCCCCAGGGUUCCUAAAAUUGUACAAGAAAAUGCACCGCAUCAACCGCAAGGAUUUAAUGAAUUCAGAGGUGAUUUGCUCUGUAAAGUCAAGAAUAAUGCAGUACGAAAAGGAGCAGCAACACAAGGCUCUGCUCCAUGGAUGCAGCCAGUCCUCCACUGAGGAGGUGCCCAGGGACAUGGUCCCCACCCGCAUUUCUGAAUUUGAAAAGUUGAUUCAGAAGUCAAAAUCCAUGCCAAAUUUAGGAGAUGAAAUGUUAUCUCCUGUAACCCUAGAACCACAACAAAAUGGUUUAUGUCCCCAAAGGCGAUUUUCCAUUGAGUCUUUGCUGGAGGAAGAAAAUCAAAGUAGACACCCUUCUCAGGUACAACGAAGCUACAAGUCUAAAACCCUGGUGCCCAUCCACAUUGAAGUCACCAGUGAUGUGCAGCCCAGAACCCAUCUGGACUUUUCUGAUAGUGACCAGGAUGGAGUCGUGUCUGACCACAGUGAUUACCUUCAUGUAGAAGGAUCGUCCUUUUGCAGUGAGAGUGACUUUGAUCACUUUUCUUUCACAUCCUCUGAAAGUUUUUAUGGAUCCAGCCACCAUCACCACCACCAUCACCACCACCAUCACCGGCACCUCAUCAGCUCCUGCAAAGGCAGAUGCCCUGCCUCCUAUACUCGAUUUACAACAAUGUUAAAACAUGAAAGAGCUAAACACGAAAAUACUGAAGAGCCCAGAAGACAAGAAACGGACCCUGGCCUUUCUAAACUGGCAUUUCUAGUCAGUCCCGUGCCUUUCCGGAGGAAAAAAAAUUCAACUCCCAAAAAACAGAUGGAAAAGGCAAAAUGUAAAACAUCUGUAUUUGAGGCUCUGGACUCUGCCCUUAAAGACAUUUGUGACCAAAUUAAGGCUGAAAAGAGAAGGGGAAGUUUGCCAGACAACAGUAUACUGCACCGUCUUAUCAGUGAACUGCUGCCAGAUAUUCCAGAAAGGAAUUCAUCUCUCAAAGCUCUAAAAAGGAGCCCCAUGCACCAGCCUUUCCACCCACCAUCUCAAGAAGGUGCUAUUCAUUGUCCACUGUACCAGAACGAUUGUGGGAGAAUGCCUCACAGUGCCUCCUUCCAAGACGACACCAACAACAACUACCACCACCAAGACCACGACAGUGCACUGGGCCUCCAAGACCGUGAGUCCCCUAGAAGUUACACAUCCACGCUGACCGAUUUGGGGAGAAGUGUACCAAGGGAAAGAAGAGGAACUCCAGAAAAAGAGAAAUUGCCUGCAAAAGCUGUUUACGAUUUUAAGGCUCAGACGUCCAAGGAGCUGUCAUUUAAGAAAGGAGAUACUGUCUACAUCCUCAGGAGAAUUGAUCAAAACUGGUAUGAGGGAGAGCACCACGGGAGAGUGGGCAUUUUCCCAAUCUCAUACGUAGAGAAACUCACACCUCCUGAAAAAGCACAGCCUGCCAGACCGCCUCCCCCUGCCCAGCCUGGAGAAAUUGGAGAAGCUGUAGCCAAAUACAAUUUCAGCGCUGACACAAAUGUGGAGCUAUCGCUGAGAAAGGGAGAUAGAAUUAUUCUUCUUAAAAGAGUUGAUCAAAACUGGUAUGAAGGUAAAAUUCCAGGAACCAACAGACAAGGCAUCUUCCCUGUUUCCUAUGUAGAAGUCAUCAAGAAGAAUACAACCAAAGGUGCUGAGGAUUACCCUGACCCUCCAAUACCCCACAGCUAUUCUAGUGAUAGAAUCCACAGCUUAAGUUCAAAUAAGCCACAGCGUCCUGUGUUUACUCAUGAAAACAUUCAAGGUGGGGGGGAACCGUUUCAGGCUCUGUAUAACUAUACUCCUAGGAAUGAAGAUGAGCUGGAGCUCAGAGAAAGUGAUGUCAUUGACGUGAUGGAAAAAUGUGAUGAUGGAUGGUUUGUGGGAACCUCAAGAAGAACCAAAUUCUUUGGUACUUUUCCCGGGAACUAUGUCAAGAGGCUGUGAAUCACUCUCCCCAUUAUUUAUGCUGCAUUUCAGCACCACAUCUGCAUAACCUUGCCUGAAAGAUCUCCACAGGCCUCCUGCUGUUAUGCCUUCUGGUUUCCAAUAGAAGUCACCCACCAUCACCAUCUCCAUCUGCCACCAAACCACCAGCAAUGGAACUGCCGCUGCGGUGGGGAGAUUGGAGGAUUUGCUUCCGUGUGAAAGUGCAUAUUCCUGCCGUCUGCUCUAAACUGAGAAGUCAAUAUGCGGCAGCAGAAAGAAAAUCAUUAUACUUAAUAACGGUUGAGUAGUUGAGGCAAAAAAGUAAGUGUCUCAAGGAGGCUCUCUUGUCCACUCUGAAAGAUGUUCUCCCCUCAGGCAACCAGAAGCUUGUUUAUUACUACUUGCUGGGGUUUGCAUUUUCACCUUCUUAGCUUGGCAGUAUAUUUUCCUUUCACGAGUUUGCCUAGUGUCCUGGUUUACACGAUAUGACAACUGUACUUCAGCUAUUGUUUGCCUGCACUUAUAUGUUGUAAUAUGCACAGUGAUUCCAGAAUCUAAAGCGAGAGUAGGAAAGUUAAUUCGAAUGAGUGUGAUUUUGUUGAAUUGAAUGUGAGUUUCAAAUAGGAGUCUUCUGCAGGAUUUUUUUUUUUUGUACUUUUUAGAAGUGCAAACAAUAAGUGAAUAAGAGCCUUUGGUAAUAAUCAGGAGAAUAUAAGAGGUUUAGCUAGAUUACAGAAAACGAUUGUGUUGUAAAGUUGCAUUGCUAUUUUAUAUUAAAAUGUAAUAAUCAGCAUCAUGAACAAUGAGCUCUUAGUGUUUUAUUUAUCUGAUAAAAGUUAAAUAAAAGCAGUGUUAGUGAGAGGUGCAAAGAAUCAUUCUAACAUAGGCACUUGAAAGCAUCUGUAAGCAAUAUUCAUAGGUAAGAUUUCACUGUGUGUACACAUACACAUUUGAGAUUGUAUGAGAACAGACAAUCCAUAAGAUAUGCUGUACAUUUAUGGAAAUGUAGAAGAAUCUCACAUAUUAUUUUAUAGAAGUAGAGUACUUCAGAAGUAUCACAAGUAUUAAGGCUGGUUUUAGUAAGGAUUAUGAUUAGUACAAUUAUUUUUACUAUGAUAAUUAUUUUUCUUCUCUGGAACUCAGAAUCCUGGCUACAUUUGAGGACAGGAAUAUGUUGAGCCUGAUUUUCCUAGUGUGUGUAAAAUAUUUCCUCAGAAUACAUUAGGCACUUUUUAGAAGCAAUGUUAAAUCAUUCAGGUUAAAUUUUCUGCCCUGCAGUAGAAACCUGGAAGAUGAUAUUGGGACCUGAAAGAUUUAAUGUGCUUAACAGUGCCUGAAUUACACAUACCCCGAGAACUAGCUUUGUAUUUCUUAUGACUUUGCAUAAGAACUAUUCAUAUUUGGAUCCUGAGCACCUUAUAGACAAAAUUUUUAUGGCAUUUCUUCUGUGAACAGUGGUUGAUCUUUUCACAAUGCAUGUAGACUCUAGAAUUUUGUACAGAUGUUUGCUCAUUUUUUGUAUGGACUAUUUAGUUGUUGAGAAAACAGGGGAAUUUCCUAAUUUGGUCUUUAUCCUUCCUUUAAACUAAGCUAAAACACUUUCAACAGAUUGCCCUUUACAUCUCCCACAAAUCAUCAUUAUGCCUUGACAGUGCAAUUCUGUAAGAUAGCACUUCUGCAAAAGUUUAUGAACAUAAAACAUCUUAGCAGCCAAACUGAAAUGUAUACAACUACCGAUUAGAGAGGAAUUUCAUUAGAAAGAAGGUAAAGAAACAUCUUUGAUUAGCCUUGAUUACUACCUUGAUUACUGUCAAGUUCACAGCCAGCUUUAUAUUUUAAAGGCUUUGGGUUUGAAAUUAGGUCAACUGCAUGCAGCUUUGCUGAUAAAUGAAUAAUUACCUUUGAUGCCAUUUAUGGGAAAAAAUUCAGUAUCUGUUGCCUGUCAUAUUUAAGAAAAAUUAAUGUUUCUAUUCUCUGUAUCUGAUUUUAAAAGGAAAAAUAUUCAUACCUAGCUUUUAGGUAAUUGACUUUGAAUUCUUACAAGCAAAGGUCAUUGUGUUUUUCUUGAAUAGACAUCUAAUAAAUUUUGCUUGGAAGCAUA